CUUUUCAGCGUAAUGCUUUGGGGCUUAUUUUCGAAAAGCAAGGUCAGAAACUAAUGGCGCAUCUCAAAAGUAACAACAUCAGUUGCGUAUCAAAACAGCAAGUAUCUAAACGUAGUUAUUGCUUUGGAAUUGAAAAUAUCUGAAUUGAACGGGCGUAAUGUGUUCAAUUUUUCAUAAUCGCAUUAAUUAUCGUGGGCCUCGAAGUAAUUCCAGCGGCAGCAACAGUGCCGGUGGGCUAACAAAGGAGCUUGAUGCUGAUCGUAACAACAAUAGCGGUGGAAAUGGUGUCGAAGUAAUAGGCAAUGAAAUUGAUGACAUUGACGAUGCUGCCAUUAUUUCGUUAAAGAAUGACAGUGUGGAACCCGCUACUGACGAAAAUCAAGACCCACAGACUAGUUUGAAUAAUUCAAAUAACAAUAUGGCUACUGAAGAAAAUGCGGAAGAUGGCGAUGAGGAUAGUAAUGAGGCUUUAGAUCUUUCGGUUAUAUCGAAUAGACUGCCCGCCAGUGGUCACGUUGCCUUGGAGGCAUUAAAACAUACCAAAGUAGCAGUGGCUCAGUUUGCAGCAACCGCAAUUGCAAAUUCACACAAUUACAAUGACGCAAUCAAUGACUUGGCAAUGGUGCAAUCCACAAUAUUCAAUGUACAACGUCAACACUUAAUGCAACUACAGCUCAUACAGCACUUACAGAGUCAAUUGAAACGUGUAGAGAGUUCUGUAACUGAAAUAGAGGAGCUAGAACCAGAAAAUGAAACAGAUACCGAACAAAUUGAAAUGCAUAAGUCCUCUGCCGGCUUCAAUGAAAAGAAUCAUAAUCAAACUUUGGAAAAAUUAAGAAAAACACCAGAUGCAACGCCUACCGUUGCUACUACACUUACAGAAAAUGGUGAACAAUUACCGCAGGCAAUAAACGCUGAGAAAAUAAAGACUGAAGACUUAAGUGCAAUCAAGGAGAAUACAGACAUAGAAUUAGAAAAGGAAGCAACGCAAAGCGUGAGUGCCACAUUGCCCAGCUCUGUUGCAUAUCAGCCAUUACUUUGCGAUAUAAGUUCGACAUUAGCAUCGAGCAUCAUAACCAAUCAUGAUCCACCGCCAGCACCAAAUGCACCAAACUGCCUAGAAGUUUUGCAACGGCGCACCGAAGAAGUUCUUGACUCAGCUUCACAGAGUCUGCAUGCUACACAACUGCAGGAAGAGUACGAAUAUGCGCAAAAGGACGCACAAGGAAGAGGUGAAAUCUUCAAGCAUCGUUGCAAGUAUUGUGGCAAAAUAUUUGGUUCAUACUCUGCUCUUCAAAUACACCUACGUUCUCAUACUGGUGAACGACCAUUCCACUGCAAUGUUUGUGGUAGCAAGUUCACUACCAAAGGGAACUUAAAGGUACAUUACCAAAGACACACACAAAUAUUUCCUCCCAUAUUAUUAGGGCCUGGCACGACUGCUACGAACCAAGAGCAAUACUCCCAAUUUCCACCAAACAGUGCUAUAAUGAAUGCUAGUGCACCCGCAUUACCUAUGAGAUUACCCUACCAAACGCAAAGUGGCACUACAAAAGAGGCAGCUAUUGAAGCCGAACAACAGCUACAAUCAAAUAAUCAUAUUACUAAAUCCUUGGAAUCUCAAAAAAUGAUCACAAAAGAACCUCCAGUGAGGCUGCAUUCACCGGUUCAUGAAAAUCCACAAGAUUUAAGCAGUAAAACUAAUUCAAAUGAAAAUUUGCAUAUGCAUGCUUUUGAAGAAUGUACGAAAAGCGCGCCUAUACAACCGGAAAGCAAGCAGGACACUUUAUCUGACAAGACCGAAAAGCCUGCUAAUCCACCAGUACAGAAGCGCAGCAGUAGUUCCACUAAAAAACGUGGCAUGCACAUGGGUAUGACAGCCAGUGAUAUGAGAGCUGCACAUUCCAUUCCUAUAGAUGAUCGAGAGCAUAUCGAAAAUGUACCAAAAAUGUUUCGGCGUUCUUCCAUUAGUCGAAACUCCAAUAACAGUAGCAUAGAUCAACACAUUUCCACAGAAUUCUCUUUAGCACAAAUGGAACGAAUUAUCGAUAAGUCAUGGGAGGAUCUCAUCGAAAUUGAUAAAACGUCAGAAACUUCAAAGCUACAACAGCUUGUUGAUAAUAUCGAAAAUAAACUUACAGAUCCUAAUCAAUGCAUUUUCUGUCAAAAAGUAAUGUCUUGUCGCAGCUCAUUGCAAAUGCACAUUCGAACCCAUACUGGCGAACGGCCAUUUCGUUGCAAAAUCUGCGGACGAGCCUUUGCAACUAAGGGCAACCUAAAAGCACAUAUGAGUAUACAUAAAAUCAAACCACCAAUGCGUAGUCAAUUCAAGUGUCCUGUUUGUCAUCAGAAAUUUUCCAAUGGAAUCAUAUUGCAACAGCAUAUACGCAUACAUACAAUUGACGAUGGCGGUGGAGGUGGACUGCCACCUAGUAUAAGUGGUGCCUUGAAUGCCGCUGGCAUGAGUGUUGAAGCAUCCGCAGCUGCAAUCGCCGAACAUAAUGCUCGCAUUAAGGCUCAUAUUGACGCCGCUGCCGCUGCUAUAGAAGAUCAGAACUCGAACAAAUCCAUGGGUGCGUCAGAUAACUUCGAUUUUUCCACAACUUCAGACUACUCGGGGCAACGUUCUGAAUCCUCACAAGGCGAUUUCGAUGACUUUAUGACCAUGGACAGCACGGAUGACUCGCGUGAGAAUUCCAAUUCGCAAACGCCACAAGACCGUCGUGAGGAAUACGAUGAGAAGCAUGACUCAGCCAGUGGGCAUGACAGUGUAGAAGUGCAGAAUGCAAUGGACUUAACAUCUGCACGUGGAUUCAAUGGUUUGAAUGGUAUGCCGCAGAAAUCAUUAGAACACCUACAGCCUUUCGGUAUGCCACCAAAUUUUUUACUAAUGGCAGCAGCUCGCGAAGAAAUGCAAGCACUUGGAACGCACCCAAAAUUUCCGCUACUACCUUUCGGACCUCUAGGCUUCAUAGGACUACAUCCCCCUCCACAUUUUUGCAACAUCUGCUUUAAAAUAUUUCCAAAUCCCGCAAGUUUGGAAAAUCAUUUUCAGUCAGAACAUACCAAAGAUACUGCAAAUGCAAAUACAAAUGGAAGUGAGAAUGGGAAUGGAAGUCGCAGUAACAGCGAUCCAACAUCACCGUUUAACGCUAAGCUCACGCUUAAUCCCAAUCUCUUUCAUAAGAAAACUGAAAAUGACGUCAAUGAAAUCGAAGCAGCACAUCACAAUCCAAGCAAAAGUUCUGCAUACGAAAAAGGCGUUAAUUUCGACGACUUCAAUGCGGAAGAACGCAGUACUGCGAACAAUUCCCAUUUGAGUGAACACAUCAAACAGGAACCAAAUGCAGAGGUUGAUUCACAGCAAUUAUCACUGGAGGAUUGUACAGAAACAGAACAAUCAUAUCAGCAGCAGAAACAUUUAGAGCAACAUCAACUACAGCAGCAAAACGAGCGCAACGAGCGAAACGAGCGGCACGAGCGAAAUCAUAAACAACAACAAUACAGAAAGCAUGAAAAUCAGCAUAGCUAUGAAAAGCAGCACCAACACCAACACCAACACCAACACCAGCAGCAGCAGCAGCAACAGCACCAGCAACAUUUAGCUCAGCAACAUGCAGAUGCGGAGCAGUCGCUCAUGAAGAUGCAACUACUAUCCUCACUUCCUCAUGAAACCCAUAAUGCUUUACAAAACUCAGAUGCACAUCGCUUUCCGGCAAGUCCACUCGAUUUUCAGCAAGCUUUGUUGUCUGUUGCUCCACCUAAUUCGAAUUUGGAACCGCCGAUCAACAACAAGCAUUUCUGUCAUGUCUGUCGUCGUAAUUUCAGUUCGAGCUCUGCAUUGCAAAUCCAUAUGCGUACCCACACUGGUGAUAAGCCCUUUCAGUGUAAUGUCUGUCAGAAGGCAUUUACCACAAAGGGCAACUUAAAGGUACAUAUGGGAACACAUAUGUGGUCAAAUCCAACUUCAAGACGUGGCAGACGUAUGUCAUUAGAGUUACCAUUGCAUAGACCAGGUAGUCUACCACCAGAACCAGAUUUUAUACAGCGAAGACCAGAAUUAUUUUUCCCCUAUUUACCACCAUUUUUCAAUGGGCUACCGCCAAAGCCUGGAGAAAUAAGUCCUGGUGCUUUUCCAAACAUACCACCACCACACUUUCCUAAUGGCACUGCACCAAAAUAUCCGCCAGGUCUUUUAGGAUUUCCACCAUUUCUAGGAGCACCAUAUAACUUUUCAAAUAUGCAACAGUUGGAACGACUUAAUAACACCGCUUCACCGACGACAACAUUAGAUGAGUCGAAGCGUGAAGACAGUCCGAAAUCAGUUUUGGAACGUUCAGCUUGGAAUGCAUCUAUAGGGAAAAUUAAAACAGAAAACAAUCAAAAUGAUACGAGUGAACUGAAUGAAGCGAAUGAUGGAACGAUUGCAGAUAAUUGAAAACAAAAACAGAGAAAAAACUAAAAACUGAAAAACUGAAAAACUGAAAAAUUAAAUUUAAGUAGAAAACCGUAACCGAUUUUUUUGAAGAAAGGAAUCUAAGAGGUAUAUAGCAUAGUCAAGUGUUGUAUAGUUACACAAUGAAAACAUGGUUUUUGUGGAGUACAUAUCUAAAAGCACUUAAAAAUUAAGCGUAGCCUAGCAUAGCAUAGCAAGUAUGACUUUAUGUAUAAUCAGAAUAAUGGACAACCAUUAAUAACGUAUAACAUAAUCCGUGUCUAGUAUCUAUUAAAAUUAUACAAAUAUAUAAAGUAAUUAAUAAAAACUAUUAUUAAGUUGCAGGCAACUGCGGCGAAGUUGUAUAAAAACCAAAAUUUUAGUCUUAAGCUUAAUGAGUAUACAAGUGACAAGUCUAGGAAUGAGUAUAUAAUUUAGCAGAAAGUAAACUGACUCUUGUAUGAAGUUAUAUUCAUAGGAUCGAUACAUAUACAUUCAUAUAUGAUUUU